UUCCAGGACAACGAAACUCUAAACGGCCGAAAAAUGGAAUACGACCAGCUUAACUUCGAGAAGUUCAUUUCAGAUACUGAUGCGUGUUUAAACUACUUUUAAAUACUGCUUUUUGUGUAAUCGACUUAAAAAUAAGUUAGGAGUUCUGUGGUCGUCGAACUACAAACAUGGAUCGUAACUGGAUAUUAGGCCGCCAGCGGGCCCAGAGUCAGGAAGCGCUCAGACAAGAGGAGGUCAAGCGGUUGGUCAGAGACAGGCAGCUGAGGGCUGGUCUGAAGGAGGAGGACACCGUCGAGAGGAGGAGGUACGUGCGGCAUGUCCAACAGCAGAACAUGGAGCGGCAGACAGAGGACGCCCUGAUCAAGGCCAAGGAGCAGAGAGCAAAUAGACAAAGGCAGCUGGAACAGGAGGAGAGAAUGGCUAAAGAGCUGGCCCGCAUUGAACAUGAGAAGCAAAGAGAUGAGAAAAUGAGGCAGCACAUUAGAGAAAACAGCCUGGAGCUCAGAGAACUGAAAUCCAAGCUGAAGGCUGCGUAUGUGAGCAAGGAGAGAGCUGCUCAGAUUGCUGAGAAGGAAGCUCUGAGACUUCAGACUAUUCGGGAAGAGGCAGAGUUGGCUGACAGAAUGAAGAGAGAACAUGAACAAGCAGCUGCUGAGAUCCAGAAGCUGCAACAGAAAAGUCACGAGGGGCUGGUUCAGCAUCAGAGAGGGCUGGAGCAGCAGCUCGUGGAGAAGGAGCGCAGGAGACAGGAGGCUUACGAGGAGUUCCUCAAAGAGAAGCUCAUGGUGGAUGAAAUCAUCAGAAAGAUAUAUGAAGAGGAGCAGAUGGAAAGACAGCUAAAACUGGAGAAGGUCAAAGCCACCCACCAGGAUAUGGAGGAGUUCAAAAGGCAGCAGGCCGAGUGGAGGAGCAUGGAGCAGAAGAGGACUGAGGCAGAAAACAGACGCAUCAUAGAGUUUGUGAGGCAGCGGCAGAACAUGGAGGAGACCAGAAUGAAUCAGAUGAAAGAACGGGAAGAAGCCAAGGAACAUCGCCAUAAAAUGCUGUGUGAGAAGAUGGAAGAGGAGCGGAAACAGCGUGAAGAGAUGGAUCGUGUCCGUCAGGACCUUUAUUUAGAGAAACAAGAGGAGGCAAACAGACAGAGAGACAUUGAGGAGAUGGAGAAGAGGAUCAGACAGAGACUGAUGAUGCAGCAGAGCCUCCAGGAGCAGCUGGCCUUCAAAGAGAUGCAGAAGCAGCAGGAAAAAGAGGAAGAGGAGGCUUUCAGAAAAAUCAUGAUGGCCAAGUUUGCAGAGGACGAUCGGAUUGAGCAGAUGAACGACCGGAAACGGCGCAUGAAGCAGCUGGAACACAAACAUGAGGUGGAGAAACUGAUGGAGGACAGAAGACGACUGCGUGAGGCUGAAAAGGAACUAGAAGCCAUGGCCAAAGCGACUGAGCAGGAGAAGGAGGCGCAGAGGAGACAGAUCAUAGAAGAGGAGAGACUGAAGCUCCUAAAGCUUCACGCAACAAAACUCAUUGGAAACAUUCCUAAGGACCUUCUCCGUAAAGAUGACCUGCUUCACAUCGAUGAAGAUUUGAGAAAACUCUGAGUAGGCCACACACUCAGAGGUUCCUCCUUCAGUGGGCCACUAGAGGGCAGUUUAAGGCUGUUUGAUGUGUUUCAGGUUAAUAGGUUUGUGGGUUUUUUUUUCUCUUCAUUGUACACAGACCUUGCUUCAUUUUGGACUGUUUAGCAGCUUAUUUAUUAAAAUGUGUUUAUAGCGACGUGUUUGUUUAAUUAAACAUUACAUUAAAUACAAAAAUACAUUUUGUAUAUUUAAACGUGUCCUCAAAUUCUUAAAUUACAAACAGAUCUGUAACACUCUAAAAGAUGUAUCGAUACAAAGCAGCACAGAUGAACACAGUAAAAUAAAGCUGAUUACUCUUCA